UCCCACCUAUGGUGUGCCCAUGGGUCCUUAUUUGCCCAACUAUCUAUUUUGUAUUGCUUGUAGGAGUUAUGAGAUUGAUUACUGCUCGUUAUCUUCACCUUUCAUGUUUCCUUCUUUCAGAUAAUACCAUGUUGCAUAAUUCUGGAGCAUUGAUUUAUCUUGGUCUGGUAGCUGUCUUCAUUUCAGAUAGUUUUGCUAAUGAUGUGGAAGAUAACUGGCAAUUAGUAUUCCACGCAGUUAAAGGUAACGGGAAAGAUGUCCGUGACGCCUGGAACGCGAGGUCACCAUCAGUUUCCUCACCUGGCAAUGGUUGUCUUUCACCAGGUUUUAAGUUGGAUAACUGUAGGGAUAAUAGGAAACUGCGAAGUCCCUUGAUCGACCAGUGGGAGUCAAUCGGAAUCCAAAAGAUCCGGGUGGUACUUGGUCGUAAUGGGAACAAGUUAGCAUUCUUAAAAUUUGAUGGCAGUGGAAGCAACAAGCUAAAUUGGUUUAGCAAAUCCAGGCUUCUUCACAAUAGUUGGUCCGACCUCAAGACCGCAAGAACUAACAUUUUCUCAAUUAAAGGGCACGACAGAGAUGGUAGACGUCCUGUCAAAAGGCACUUUUUUGUCAACAAAAGGUAUGGCGGUUGUGCGAAUGAUGUUGGAUGGUUUGUGAUCAUAGAAAAGACCGAUCUCUGUCCCUGGACAAGGAAAGGGAGGACUCCGUUGUUUCUGUAUAGGUGGGGUUCAAAAGCUGCUAACUGGAAUCGCAGACCUGGGGUCGCCGAUGUCAUGAACGUUUACAUCCUAAGGGUGUAAAUUUCAAGAAGGAUUUCCAAAGCAUCCUGAGAGAUUUGAUCUAUGUACACCCAGUUUGUACUAAUGAAUUUAUAUCAGGAA